CCCAAAUUUGGCGACGUUGAAGUACACCAAUGAUGAAAAGAAAACGUGGACAGGCUCAGCCUCCAAAGCAAACUGGUGACGAGGCCAAGAACGUAGUCGGCGGCUUGAAGGAUCAAACUGGAAACCUGCGCUCCACUGAUGAAGACAGCACGAACAGAGGUGUCCAUCAACUGAAGAUCCCGUUCAACGAAAAAGACAUCAUCUGCGAAAGACAUUCUGGGACCAAUAGUACAGAUGGAAGGGUUUCCCUGAUCUUCACUCAUGGAGCUGGAGGAGGCAUCGAGAAUCCGGCCACCAAAGAUUUUGUAUCAGGCUUUGCAAGCGUUGCAGCGGAUGAUGUUGUCUGCUUUCAAGGCUCGAUGAAUUUGUCGCACAGAACGAAGUUAUUUCAUGCUGUUAUGAACGACCAAGGGAGAGCUGUCGGCUUCGGCGGACGUAGUAUGGGAUCUCGGGCUGCCGUAAUUGCCGCUACGGAAUGCGAGGUUGACCAACGACCGGAAGUCUUGGUGCUUGUAAGCUAUCCUCUAAGCGCCGGGAUGGGUUCAAAAAAGAAGAAAGUUGAAGGAGAUCCAAGAAAGCAGAUUUUAGUAGAUCUGCCGUCGAAUGUUGACGUCCUCUUCAUAAUUGGCAGCGAGGAUGACAUGUGUGACCUCAAACAACUGAACCGCGUAAGGCAAGAGAUGAAAGCAGCGAGCUGGCUGAUGGAGGUCAAAGGUGCAGAUCAUGGAAUGAGUCUUAAAGUCAGGGCGGGAAUACAGCCCUUGAGGUUUCGAACUGGUGCACUUGCUGCGGAGUGGAUGCGUGGUCGAGAUGAAAUCAAUCAAUAUUGCGCUGUGGAAUGGAAUAAAGACGACGCUGAAAUAGUUGUGAGCGGAUGGACAUUCAAGGAUGCAGAUAAUACGUCAAAAAAGAGACAGAAGAAAUGA